AUGCAUAAAUGGCAUUAUCAUAUGCACUUUUUUCAGAUCAAAUGCACAUACGUCUUCAGAAGGACAGGGAUAGGAGGUCAUCUAGGGGCAGGAGGUCAUCUAGGGGCAGGAGGUCAACUAGGGGCAGGAGGACAAGUAGGACCAGGAGGAUACUCCCCUGCUGCCAAAGCUGCUAAAUAUGGAGUAGGGGGACUGGGAGGAACGGGAGGACUGGGAGGAACAGGAGCACUGGGAGGUGGAGGAUACCCUGCUGCUGCUGCUGCCGCUGCCGCUGCUGCUGCCAAAGCAGCUAAAUACGGAGUAGGGGGGCUAGGAGGAACAGGAGGAUUGGGAGGAACAGGAGGACUGGGAGGGACAGGAGGACUGGGAGGUGGAGGAUACCCUGCUGCUGCUGCUGCUGCCGCUGCCAAAGCAGCUAAAUACGGAGUAGGGGGACUAGGAGGCACAGCAGGACUAGGUGGAACAGGAGGACUUGGAGGAACAGGAGGACUGGGAGGUGGGGGAUACCCUGCUGCUGCUGCUGCUGCCAAAGCAGCUAAAUACGGAGUAGGGGGACUAGGAGGCACAGCAGGACUAGGAGGAACAGGUGGACUGGGAGGAACAGGCGGACUGGGAGGUGGGGGAUACCCUGCUGCUGCUGCUGCUGCUGCUAAAGCUGCUAAAUAUGCUUUGGCGGCAGGUGCCAAACCUCCUAAAUAUGGUAAGACUGAGUCCCAGGAGCAGGCCAAGGAGGAGUUCCAGGAGGAGCCGGUCAGAUACUACCUGGUGGUGGCGGCUAUGGUGGUUACGGAGCUGGUGCUGGAGUCAAACCUCCAAAGUAUGUGCAAGUUAUUCCUCAUUACCCUGGGACCAGCAUGCCAGGCCUCUGCCUUCAUCGACCAUCCAACUUGCCCUCACAUCUUACAUACCAAGUGUGGGCCUCAUGGCAGUAGCCUGAUGUCUCCCUUUGGGCUGAGCCUGACUGAGCCCCACGCUCACUGCCUGGGGCUUGCACCAGGAGUGCGCCCCGGAGGCAUCACUGGAGUAGGACUUGCUGUGCCAGGAGCUACUCCAGGUACAGGCGUCAGUGGCGUUCCAGAUGGUUCUGUUGUUGUGUUACCAGGUGGUACAGGUGUUCCUGGAAAACCAGAGUCUACACCUAUUGCCGCAACUGGCAAGGCCCCAGAGGUCCCGCAGCCCAGUGCAGGAGGAUAUCCCUAUGGUGGAAACUACGGAGUUCCUUAUGGUGCAGGUACCGGCACUGGAACUGGACCUGGAACUCUGCCUGGAGCGAAGCCUCUGAAACCUCCAGCAGCGGGUGGAACGGGAGGAGUGGGAAUCCCACUUGCAGCAGGAGGUUAUCAAGGUGGGCUGACGUAUCCCUCUGCAGUUGGACUGGGAGGUGCUGGUGCUGGUGCUGGAGCUAAAGCACCAAAACCAGGCUAUGGCAAUCUUGGAGGUGGUGGUGGAUAUCAGCCAGGUGUGGGUCGUGUAGCUCCCGGUUAUGGCGGAGCUUACCCUCAGCAGUACUACCAAGGAGGCGGAUUAAUGUCCAACUGCCAGCAGCCAGGUAACACAGCUGGACAGAUGAAAGGACAGCCAAAGCAGCCAAGUAUGGUCCACUACAGGGCUUCCUCGGUGGUGCAGGAGGAGGAGGGGUCUACAGAGGUGGAGCCGCAGGAUGCCAGGGCAAAUACUGCGGGAGGAGGAAGUAGAGGAUCUCUUGAGAUCCAGUGUGACCUCAAGAAACUAUGGUGCUACUGCAUGAUGGAGAAUCUGGAAAUAAUGAACUCAUGCUGCUGUUCUCUGGAGAUCUCCUGGGAGAACCAGUGA